ACAUGGAAAUUGGAUUUGGCAAAGUAUUGGCAACAUUUUAUUUGGACGCGUAGUAAUGUUUCUUUAAAGCGUGUAUGUGUUGGUUGGAUCGGCCAGAGUUUUGAAAGCUUAGCUUGUAUCUUCACAUAGGAUUAUAUCUAAAGGUAUUGCAUGUUUGACAACCUGUUGCUGAUUGGUUGACCAAGUCACAUUUGCUAGAUUAUGUCGAUCAGAUAAAUGAGUUGAAAACAUCGAGGCACUGGUCCAGUUGUUUGGGGGAAGUUUUACGUGUCACUUAUUCGUUUCAUGUUGUCACUGUGUGUUUGAACUUCACUGGCAAGGUUACGUUAACAGGUUAAAGUAUGUAUAACCUUUUAACACUGAACGUUUGCUCUUUUUGGAUCGAGGGUCGCGAUGUGGACGAUCUCAUCAUGGACUCAAGGAAUUGAUUACGAGAAAGAGAACAUUUGGGGAAUAUUCCUUUCAACUGUCCUGGAGCAUGGAAAGUGAGACCACGUCCACUUUGCUGCCAGCGUUGGGGCCGGCCCACCACAGUGUAACGCUGGAGCAGAAAACCACCUUCGCUUUCGUUAUUUUCCUUUUCAUCAUCUUGGGAAUCCUCAUCAUAAGGUGCUUCAGGAUCCUCCUGGAUCCGUACAGGAGCAUGCCCACGUCUACUUGGGCGGACGGGCUGGACGGAUUGGAGAAAGGACAGUUCGACUAUGCCUUGGCCUGAGAGGGAACUCAUGGUGAAGAUGACUGAUGGAUUCCAGAUAGGCAGCUAUCUGCCCAACUCUCCUACCGCAAGCAAGCUUUGCCAUUGGAACCUUUCACGAGGUUUGGGCUGCGAAAUGUCUUCAAACGAAAAUGAUAUAAGGCUCGAAACGCUUCAUUGGCACGGCACAGCUAUGACUGACUAUUUGACUAGAAGAGCGGUAACAUUCAUACCGUAACAUUCACGUUUUAAAACCUGGACAUAAAUCUUUGAUUCUCCUCUGCAGUCACAUUAUUAUUGCCUUUCUAGCGCCGGGUACAAUUAUGGAUCUGAAAACAUUGUUGGGUGUCAAUAACAUGUAUGUGCUGCAUUCUGCAAGAGUAAAUGAUAAUCCCAUUGCCAUUUGCAAAUAUGUGGGGCGACGGAUCCACAACUAAACUGUAGAAUAAAUGCGAGGCAUUUCGAAAAGAUUGGCGCGCAUUACAGAUAAGCAUUUUUUUCGGAUUUGAACUAUUUACAUAAAAUCUUAAUGAUUACGUUUGACGUAAUUUAGUCAUUCUUUCAGAAGCCUCUUUAAUCUUUCCGACAGGUAAAUUGUGACAAAGCUUUCAAUCUGAUCUAGGAGUUAUGCACCACUUUAUGAAGUGAAAGGACGAUUUCAUUUCAGUAGGUCGACCUUGUUUUUUCCCCCCAUUAAUCAAUAUGCAUU